GGGUGGGGGGAGGGAACGCCCCUAGAAAUUCGUGGACAUCACCCCCUGGCCCAAAGCACGCAAUAAACACUGACAAGAAAAAAGUUUUUAUUUUCUGGCUCAACUUUUCUUCCUGGAAUAGAGACUGAAGAAUGGGAAUAAACACGAAUACAUAACAGCGAGGCCGCGCGCCUGGCUGCAGCCGCGAGGCUAUUGUCUCUCCGCCCCGAAGCGCCCGGCGGCGUCCUCCGGCCCCUUCCCUUCGCCGGGCCUUUGGGAUUUUCUUUUUUAACAAGACGCCCCCUCCAGCCCCCUCGCCGCCGGUGACCUUGGCCGCCUCGGAUGCUCUGAUUCCAAGCGGCUCCGUCCACUGGCCCCCGCGCCGGCCGGGCCCAUGGCCACGUCCGAGGACGGCAGCGGCUGCCUUGUGUCGCGGGCCCGCUCGCAGAGUGACCCCAGCGUCCUCGCCGACUCCACGGCCACGUCCUCCGCGGAUGCCGGGGAGAACCCAGAUGAGAUGGACCCGAACCCCCCAGUGCGUUCCGAGUAUCUGGUCUCAGGGAUUCGAACUCCCCCCGUGAGGAGGAACAGCAAGCUGGCCACCCUGGGCCGGAUCUUCAAACCCUGGAAAUGGAGGAAAAAGAAAAACGAAAAACUGAAGCAGACGACAUCUGCUUUGGAGAAGAAGAUGGCCGGCAGGCAAGGUCGGGAGGAGCUCAUCAAGAAGGGCUUGCUGGAGCUGAUGGAGCAGGACACUGAAAGCAAAGCAUGCGGCCCUGACAGAGGGCCCCGAGCUGCACAGAGCGAACCGUCCACUCCCAAGCAGGAGACGCUGAUCCUGGAAGAUGCCCAGCCGGGAAGCCCUUCAGCCACCGGGACAGACCAGGCUUCUCUGGAUGAGCCGCUGUCCUCAGAGACCCGCUCGGACGAUACAGCCACAUGCAGAGGUGAAGAAGCAGACGCCGCCGGCAGCCUUCCGCCCACCACGGACGAGUCCUCUCAAGCCUUAGCUGGGCCCGACGCCCUGGACAGCCCUCCCAGAACCCUGGAGAGAUCCGUGGGAAAGCUCCCCAGCCCCCCGCUGCUGCCCACCCCACCGCCCAAGGCAGGCGCCAAAGCCACGAAAAAUGUCACAGGCCAGGCUGCGCUCUUCCAAGGCUCUGGCGGGAAGAACACUGACCCUCCCCUCCGAGGACAGCUUUCCACGCCCACGGGGUCUCCACAUCUCACCACCGUCCACCGGCCGCUGCCGCCCAGCCGCGUCAUCGAGGAGCUGCACAGGGCGCUGGCCACCAAGCACCGCCAGGACAGUUUUCAAGGGAGGGACAGUAAAGGGUCCCCGAAGAAGCGCAUGGACGUCCGCCUGUCGAGAACGUCCAGCGUGGAGCGGGGCAGGGAGCGCGAGGAGGCCUGGAGCUUUGACGGGGCCUCGGGGGGCAGGCGGACUGCGGCCAGCGAGUCGGAGGAGAACAAGGAGAACGUGCUCUUGAGCUCCGAGCUCAAGGACGACCUGCUUCUGUACCAGGACGAGGAGGCCCUGAACGACUCCAUCAUCUCCGGGCCUGUCCAUGCGCUCCUGGUCCUGGAGUGCCCUGGCCCUGAGGAUGCUCUGGCAGCAUCCAUCUCGGGCCCUUCGGACACGCUUCACAGUGAGGGUGACGGGCCACGGGCUGUGUUUGCUCUUUCCUUUCUGCCACUCACGUCCGCCUGUGAAGGCUCGGGGGUCUGCGGGCAGUGA